AAACUGCUAAAAAUACAAUUUAAAUGUCGUGAAUGUGUAGCUUGUAAUAUAUAAUUUGUUAUUAAAUUAGAACAUUGAAUUUCAUUAAAUGAAAGCUGAUUAUCCACAUGCACCAAACGUAUAUAUAUAUGCGUUGUUUCAUGCAUUGGUUGUAAAGGAGUUGUACAGUUUAUUUAAAUGAGGUUAUAAAUGAGGAUUAGAGUACUGCUUGGGAAAGGUUGGAAUCUUUAUCAGACAAGCAUAGUACCCUUCUACAGUACACCAUUUCCAAAAACCAGACUGGACCAAACACUACGAUCAUAUCACAGGCUGGUGCAUGAAAAGGCUUAUGUGAACGGACAAUGGGUUGAGGCCAGCAGUGGAAAGACAUUUGAUGUCUUCAAUCCCUCUACACAAGAACAGAUAGGAUGUGUCCCAGACAUGAAUGCAGGGGAUACCGAGAGGGCUAUACAGUGUGCUGCUGAGGCAUUUGAUACCUGGAAAGAAACAACUGCUAAGGAAAGAAGUAAUAUCUUGAGACGAUGGGUUGACCUGUGUAAUGAAAACAAGGAAGAUCUAGCCAAGAUUUUGACAUUAGAAAUGGGAAAGCCCCUCCAGGAAUCAAUCGGUGAACUAGACUAUGGAAUAGGAUUUCUAGAAUGGUUUUCUGAAGAAGCCAGACGUGUUUAUGGCGAUAUCAUACCAUCUCCCGCCAAAUCAAAGAAAAUGUUCGUACUGAAACAGCCGAUAGGGGUAACUGGUAUGAUAACACCGUGGAAUUUUCCUCAUGCCAUGAUCACACGAAAAGCAGGACCCGCCAUAGCUGCAGGUUGUACUGUAGUAUUGAAACCUGCAGAAGAUACACCAUACUCUGCAUUAGCUCUAUGUGAGUUGGCAGAACAAGCAGGAUUGCCGUCUGGUGUGUUGAAUAUUGUUACAUGUAGCAGAGAUAACUCAGCGGAAGUUGGCAAAACACUGUGUAAAAGUCCUACCAUCAAACAGAUAUCGUUUACAGGAUCAACUCCAGUAGGAAAGAUUUUACUUGAACAAUCAGCUUCUACUGUAAAGAAGGUUUCAUUAGAGAAUGGCGGGAAUGCACCGUUUAUAGUGUUUGAAACAGCAGAUAUUCACAAAGCUGUAACCGGAUUUAUGGGGAGUAAAUUCAGAAAUACCGGUCAGGCGUGCAUAUGUGCAAAUCGAAUUAUGGUACAAGAUUCCAUUUACGAGACAUUCCUAGAUGCUUUAGCUAAAAGGAUGAAACAAGAAUUACAUAUCGGGGAUGGCUUUAAUCCAAAGUCUACACAAGGACCUCUUAUCAAUGCAAGAGCAGUUGAAAAGAUUGAUCAUUUGGUUCAAGAUGCUAAAUCAAAUGGUGCCAAGAUAUUAUUAGGCGGACAAAGGAAAGAGGGUAAUUUCUAUGAGCCUACACUUAUCCGUGAUGUUACAACUGAUAUGAGAUGUUAUAACGAGGAACAGUUCGGCCCACUGGCUGCUGUCAUAAGAUUUAAAACAGAAGAAGAGGCGAUAUAUUUGGCAAACAAUACAUCAUCAGGCCUAGCGGGAUAUGUGUUUACAGAAAAAAUAAGUGAAAUGUGGCGGAUAGCUGAGAAACUUGAGUUUGGUAUUGUUGGUGUAAAUGAAGGAUUACCUGCAAUGCCAGAAGCUAUCUUCGGUGGUUGGAAGGAAUCAGGAUUGGGACGCGAAGGAGGAAAAUAUGGCCUGGAAGAUUACUUAGAAAUUAAAUACGUGUGCAUGGGUGGACUAGAAUGAUUAUAUGUUGGAAAAUCAGUGAUGGAGUAUAUGUUAGAGAGUUAUGCAUCAAAGAAGAGAACUUCAUAACCAGAUUGUUAUAUGUAUAUCAUUAAACAGAAAAAGAGACGGCUAAGUUUAUGUAAAUACAAGUUAUAAUAUGUGCAUUUUAAAGAGUCGCAGGCAAUUUAUCAAAUUGAUA